GCUACCCCGGGCCGGCCCCCUUGUCAUUGGCAGCCGGGGUGGAGGCACCGGAGGGACGGCGGCGAUGUCUUGCUGCGGGAGCGGCGCCCGAGGCCUCGGCCGCCUUCUUCUGCUCCUGCAGAAGAAUGGGGUACGGCAGUGUUCCUACUCAGCCACACGGAAAAAUAUGUACAUCACUAAAGAUACAAAGGUUAUUUGUCAAGGUUUCACUGGCAAACAGGGCACCUUUCAUAGUCAGCAAGCCUUGGAAUAUGGCACCAAUUUAGUAGGAGGAAUUUCGCCAGGCAAAGGGGGCAAAACUCACUUGGGGCUUCCCGUUUUUAACUCCGUCCAGGAGGCUAUAGUAAAAACGGGUGCUACCGCCUCAGCAAUAUACGUGCCACCACCGUUCGCUGCUGCUGCAAUCAAUGAAGCCAUUGACGCAGAAAUCUCCCUUGUUGUGUGCAUUACAGAAGGUAUUCCCCAGCAGGACAUGGUGCGUGUCAAACACAGAUUGCUUCGUCAGAACAAGACUCGACUUGUUGGCCCAAAUUGCCCAGGAGUCAUCAAUCCUGGAGAAUGUAAAAUCGGUAUCAUGCCUGGCCACAUUCACAAGAAAGGAAGAAUCGGUAUUGUAUCAAGAUCUGGCACUUUGACAUAUGAAGCUGUUCAUCAAACAACUCAAGUUGGACUGGGACAAUCCUUCUGUGUUGGGAUUGGAGGAGACCCAUUUAAUGGGACAAAUUUUAUUGACUGUCUGGAUGUCUUCCUGAAGGAUCCCCACACUAAAGGGAUAAUAUUGAUAGGGGAGAUUGGUGGAAAUGCUGAAGAAGAUGCUGCAGCCUUCCUUAGAAAACAUAAUUCUGGUCCGGACUCCAAACCCGUUGUCUCGUUUAUAGCCGGAGUCACUGCUCCUCCCGGCAGGAGAAUGGGCCAUGCAGGAGCAAUCAUCGCUGGCGGAAAAGGCGGAGCCAAAGAGAAAAUUGCUGCCCUUCAGAAUGCUGGUGUCAUUGUCAGUAUGUCUCCUGCACAGCUGGGAUCGACUAUUUACAAGGAAUUUGAGAAGAGGAAAAUGCUAUGAGAGAAGAAUAUAGAGCUGCUGGAAUGUCUCUGCAGAAAUAACAUCCUCUUCACUUCCCUCCAUGCCUUGUAUUCUUCACUUACUCGGGUUUAUUUGUCGGAAUACCGCAGCCCUCAGUCUUACACAGCCAGCUCUAACACCGCCAGGGUUGAUUUUGGUGGUUCUUCAUUUCAGACAUGAUUGUACAUGAUAGUCAAUGAAUAAAUCUCCUACUAAAUUUGAUUCUUUGAAACCUGGAUGCUUGGUACCUUUUUGCUUGCAUUUCUUGCACCAUUCUAAUACAGGUGAUUUUAAAAAAAUCAGUACCUAAGCUGUUUAGAAGUUUUACAAACUUGUGUAAUUUAUACUUCUAACAUUGCUUUUAUGUUUGCGCUUGGGGUUUUUAUGCUUUGUAUUUAGUUGGUGGUUGUGCCUGAUGAAGAAAGCUAUGCCUCCUCUUGUUUGAGUUCACCUAUUGGUCCUCACAACAAAUUUUGUCUUAAAAAACACAUUUUUUUUUUCUGAGCUGAUUUUUUUCAAGGUGGCAUUAAAAUUCCAAAAAGGAGUGAAGAUUGUGGACUCUCUUGGCAAUAAGCAUGCUAGAGGUGAAGUUGUAGGUACCCAGGUGUUUAUCCCAUAUUUUGGACUGAGGCAUUAUAUUCAGAGUCCAAAUCUUGCAGAACCACCGUUUUAUUUACCUGACUACAGCAAUGCUCAGUCUAACAAACUCAACUUUUACACCACCAGGGUUGAUUUUAGUGGUGGUUGUGCAGGUAAGUAAAGUUCUGCUCAUGAAAUUUUCCUAAAUGAAAAUGGGGAAAAGAAAUAUAAAAGAUUAUUUUUUAUAUUCGUGGAAUAAGUAUAUUGAGAAGUUUGAAUGUUAUAUAUAAAUCAGAAGGAAAUCUGGUCCUUUCGUUCCAUGUCCCAUUGAGCCAAGCCAUUCUUCCGUUGGAUGUCACAUGUCCUUAAAUUUUAUGUAAAAGUUUACUAUUUAAAAUCCUGCAUGUAGAAUCCAGUGUUGAUUUCAGAAUGAUGGUGCCUUCAAGACCAGUCCCCGCAUACAUAUAUCUCUCUAUUUAUAUCGUCUUCCAUAAUAAACAGUUUCCCAUCAACUUCUUUGAACUCCA